CCUUUUCCGCCAGGCGCCGGGUACUGUGCACAUGGCCUGUUAGUGCCGCCAAGCCUCGGCUUUAAUUAAUUUUCAGGCUGUUAGAAGCUCUGGCUACCGGUAAGCAUCAAAAGGCACAACCCAGAGAGACCUUAACCCGCGAGAGACACGGCCCGAUCGCAGUCACGGAAUGCAGGAAACCGAUAACGUGGUAGACGGAGGCGGCUUGGACAUGGAAGAGGAGGCCACAGAGGAAGAGCUCUCCUUCAGCGAUCCCGAGGACUUCGUGGACGAUAUCAGCGAUGAAGAGCUGCUUGGAGAUAUCUUGGCAGACCGUCCUCAAGAAGCCGAUGGCAUAGACUCUGUGGUUGUGGUGGAUAACGUGCCGCAGGUUGGACCCGACCGACUGGAGAAACUCAAGAACGUUAUCAAUAAGAUCUUUUCUAAGUUUGGAAAAAUUACAAAUGAAUUCUAUCCAAAUACAGAAGGGACUACUAAAGGGUAUAUAUUUCUUGAGUACGCGUUACCAUCUCAGGCGCAGGAAGCCGUGAAAGGUGCCGAUGGCUACAAGUUAGACAAGCAGCACACGUUCCGCGUCAACCUCUUCACCGAUUUUGAUAAGUACAUGGUGAUCUGUGAUGAAUGGGAUGUCCCGGAGAAGCAGCCGUUUAAAGACUUUGGGAACCUACGAUCGUGGCUUGAGGAUCCGGACUGCAGAGACCAGUUCAGCGUUAUUUACGAAUCGGGAGAUCGCACCACCAUCUUCUGGACUGAUGUCAAGGAGCCCGUUCCCGUCGAGGAGAGAGCUCGUUGGACUGAGACAUAUGUUCGUUGGUCUCCACGAGGUACUUACCUGGCCACGUUUCACCAGAGGGGUAUUGCUCUCUGGGGAGGAGAAAAGUUCAAGCAAAUCCAGAGAUUCAGCCACCAGGGGGUACAACUCAUUGACUUCUCUCCAUGUGAAAGGUACCUGGUUACGUUUAGCCCCCUCAUGGACACCAAAGAUGACCCCCAAGCCAUUAUUAUCUGGGACACCCUUACAGGACAGAAGAAGAGAGGUUUCCACUGUGAGAGCUCCGCUCACUGGCCUAUAUUCAAAUGGAGCCAUGAUGGCAAAUUCUUUGCCAGAAUGACUACAGAUACACUUAGUAUUUAUGAAACACCAUCUAUGGGUCUGUUGGAUAAAAAGAGUUUGAAGAUCAGCGGUAUAAAGGACUUCUCUUGGUCUCCCGGUGGUAACAUCAUAGCAUUCUGGGUACCUGAAGACAAAGACAUCCCAGCCAGGGUGACUUUAAUGCAGCUGCCAUCCAGACAAGAGAUCAGGGUUAGGAAUCUGUUUAACGUGGUGGACUGCAAGCUCCACUGGCAGAAGAACGGCGACUACCUGUGUGUCAAGGUCGACAGGACACCAAAAGGAACGCAGGGUGUAGUAACUAACUUUGAGAUCUUCAGAAUGAGAGAAAAGCAGGUCCCAGUUGAUGUGGUGGAAAUGAAAGAUGGUAUCAUCGCCUUUGCUUGGGAGCCGAACGGAAGCAAGUUUGCCGUGCUGCACGGUGAAGUCCCCAGAAUAUCCGUUUCUUUCUACCAUGUCAAAAACAACGGGAAGAUUGAGUUGAUAAAAACGUAUGACAAGCAGCAGGCCAACACAAUCUUCUGGAGUCCACAAGGGCAGUUCUUGGUCCUGGCUGGUCUGAGAAGCAUGAAUGGAGCUUUGGCCUUUGUUGACACAUCAGAUUGCACAAUAAUGAACAUUGCCGAGCAUUACACAGCCUCCGAUGUGGAGUGGGAUCCGACAGGCCGCUAUGUAGUCACCUCUGUAUCCUGGUGGAGCCACAAAGUGGAUAAUGCGUAUUGGUUGUGGACAUUCCAAGGCCGUCUUCUUCAGAAGAACAGCAAAGACAGGUUUUGCCAACUUCUCUGGAGGCCAAGACCACCAACUCUGCUCAGCCAGGAUGAAAUAAAGCAAAUUAAAAAGGACCUGAAGAAAUACUCCAAGAUCUUUGAACAGAAGGAUCGUUUAAGUCAGUCCAAGGCCUCAAAGGAACUUGUUGAUCGUAGAAGAACUAUGAUGGAAGAGUACAGAAGCUAUCGAGAAAUGGCGCAGAAGCUCUACCAAGAACAGAAAUCCGCUCGUCUGGAGCUCAGAGGAGGUGUGGACACGGAUGAGCUGGACAGCAACAUAGAUGACUGGGAGGAAGAGACAAUUGAGUUCUUUGUAACUGAAGAAAUAUUCCCUCUGGAGGAGUAGUCCGCUACAACAGCACCAUCCUAUCAAGAAGUGACAUCUUUUAUACCAGGUCUCCAAGGUUCUGUUUUACUCCUUCACCCGCGACCUUGAAUGGACAAUACACGUCUCCUUUUUAAAGUUGUGCCUUUUUUUAAUCUUCGUUGGAAGAUUUUUCCCAAAGGGCACGGCUUUUUAACAUAAUACUCUCUUUCGAAAUACCGUCAGUGAAAUAAGAACCAUGAGAUCUACGCUGUCGCUGGUAAUCGAUCGGCCAGUCCGCUACAUCUUAAAUUGCCCUUCACAAGCUCGAUGCACGUCGGUUCGGCUUACGAGGGGCUUUUUCUGCUUCCACGCAGAAUGGAUAGUCAACUGUUCUGACUGGCGAACACUUGGUAAAAAGAGAAAUAUUGUUAACGCGCAUUUCGGUGUCCUGAUCCAGCACUACAGUGGACUGUAUCCUCCUCCAUUCAGAUUGCGACUUUGUGGGAUUAAGAUGGAAUUUAAAGUAAACAUAUAUUUAAAAAAAAAAA